GGGGCGGGUCUGCCUCUGCAGGCCGUUUUCAUGAGCAACAUCCCAUCGGGGACGCUCACGCCCCUAAAAGAUCUGGUUAAAUUUCAAGCGGCAGCUGGCAAAGACGCGGCGGUUCCCUCGACUUCCUCGGACGCGAAACGGAGGCAAGCGGAAGCGGCUGACAAGGCCAAACGUGUUUUGCAGUCCACGCUCUUGACCAACGGGGCCGGCGUGGAGUCUCUCGACCUCAGUGAAAUCAAGGCGGGAUCGGACGCGUCCGCGAUGCAGGCGGCGUUGUGUCAGCGGCAGCAGAUGCUGUUGCUAGAGCGCGAGGGCUUGCUGCCAGGCAAGACGUACGCCACAGCCUCGCAUGAGUCUCCGGCGACAGCCUUCCAAAGAAUGAAAGACAAGGCGUCUCGCGAAAAUCAGCAGCCGACGCUUUUCAUCUCUCCCAGUCUUCCCUUGAACACCAACAGCGAUAUGAUCCUGACUCCCACUGGAAAUCAGAUCGACCCAGGAAAACAAGUAUUGCAUUGCACCAAGGUGGUACGACACAGAAGCGUUGAUUCUCUGGCGUCAGAUCCUCUUGCAGUAGAAUCUCCUCAAAAAUUUUUCUUACGCUUGAAACAAAAAGUGCUGCAGCGACUGCAAGAAGAUCCUACAUCUUCAAACCAAGUUAACCGAAACAUUCCCCCUUCAACAGUCGUGAACAAGCCAUCAGUCCAAUCUGUGUUCGUCAAACCACCCAGUCACUUUAAUGGAGCGUGCAUGAUAAACAAUGACAACAACCAGGAUGAUGAUUUUCUUGUGGAAUCGAUCGAUGCUGAUGACGAACUGUCUCAAACUAUAGUGAUGAAUACGACAAAAAUAAUUUCAACCCCUGCUAAAACUGGAAAUCAGUUAAAAGAAAACUCUGGUGGUAAAAAAACAUUUGUGCAAGAAAGAAGAAUAUUGGAACUCAAGAACCAGGAGACUGGUCAAGGAGUAGAAAAGACAUUGGAGACUGGUUGUCAGAAGCCCACACAGUGCUUCUGUAACAUUAUGUUUUCUUCUCCAACUGUUCAUAUACCAAGAAAGCAAAAACCCAAAGGAGGAGACGGUAUUAUCACCUCAAAUGAAGUUGAGGCUGAUCCAAAUGAUGGCAAUACGAAAAAAGAGUCACAAAUCUGCCUAAGUAAUUGGAAGCUCAGGGCAAUCAACAAUAAUACAGCCAUAUGUGUCGAAGGAAAUCGGAAAGACAGGAAUGACCUAUGCUGGCAUAGUAAUACCAUUGUGGAACGCAUAGGCUGGAACCAAGUUAAAACGUCAUCUGGCAACAUCUAUUUAUUAAAAGGAAAACUAAAUUACAAUUCAAUGCGGACAGAAGGAAUUCCAUACCAGUUUGCCAAGAAGUUCUCACUUGGGUUUCCUCCCAAAUGGAAGGUGUAUGUUGAGGAAUUACUUGAGGAACUAAGGAGGAAAGAACAAGAAGCAAAAGGUACCAGUGAAGAUGGGAAUAAAGUAUCUGACUCAGUUGAAAUGGGUGACUUGGAAGUUACAGAAGAUGAACCAGAUGAUGUAGAGGAGUCUACACCUAAAAACGCCACUUAUGAAGUAGCAUCGAAGAGCAAUGAAAACACUACGACACCUGGAAGCAGUUCUGUGCAAGGCGACUCGCAUGGAAGUUUCAGCCGUAGCGGCCGGCGCCUUAAAGCACCAUUGCAUUACUGGUGUGGAGAACGAGAGGUUAUUGAUCGGACACUAAAUGUAACUAUAGAAGGAGGUGGAACAAACUACUUGCUGGACUAUAGUGAAGUAUCCCGAGAGAGAGCCAUUUCCAGGUCUCUGAAGAAGAACAGAAAAGAUGCAAGAAAGACAAAUGAAGGAAAAACUAAAAGCCAAAAAACAGGAAAAGACAGCGAGAGGAAGGCAGAUUCCCAAAAAGGAGCUGUGUCUAGUGAUAAGAAAGGCAGCAGCCACCUUAUUUCAAAUCUGGAUGGAAUUGACUCUGCAGUUGACCUUCAGAAAAUUAAGGCAAAGACUGUUGUGAUGUUGACUCCCUUGCAUGGUAAGAAGUUAGACAAUUUAAGAUAUAAUUUCAGGACUUCAGGAAAGCCUACAGAGAGGAAGGAGAUGACAUUUGAAAAGAAUACCAGAGAUCACAGAACAAAUCCAAGCCAAGUUCUACAGACUUGCAGGUAUUCUCUUAGAUUAACGAAACAACGCCUCCAAGAAGAGCGGGAUGAAUCCAGUGAAGAGUCCUCAGUGUCCAUCAAAAGAAAAGUGAAACCUGUUUUGGAAAGAGAAGCUCACAAUUAUAAAUCUUCCUCUGACUUAAGAAGUUCAGAGAACCAAACAAAGAAAGCAUCUUCUGAGCAAAGAGUAGUGAAAGGUUCUGCAGCUAGUUCUUCCCACAACGGUCAGCAAAUGUUUGAUCUGUCCGAUGAAAGUGGAUCCCGUUCUAAGUCACGCAGGAGGCACGUGCCUCCUGUUAAGUUUGGCAGUUCCCCUCUGCACGUGAGACGGUCAAAAAGAGCUCUCGGAAAGGGAAAAGAAAUUCCUGUGUAUCUGUCUGAAUCGGAAACGGAAGAAAGCAAUGAAGAAUUUUAUAUAAAAGAGAAGAAAAGAAAAGCAUCUACCAAAAAAACUGAUAAUAAGAUUUCCAGUGGUGCAAAGUCUUCCCCAGUGAAGUUAAAGGAAUUUAGCAAAGGAAAGGUACCGAAUUCUUUGGGCCCUUUUCCAGGUAUAACUGAAGACUGGACUGAGAAGGAAUUACAGAAGCUACGUAGUGCGGUUGGUUCUUUUCCAAAACACAGAAAGGGCUUUUGGGUGGAUGUAGCAAUGACUGUCGGUACUCGAUCCGCUGAAGAAUGCCAGCAGAAGUAUAUGGAAGAGCAUCAGACGAAGAGUUCCAAGCCGCGCGUCGCAACGACGACGACUGCUUCAGGAAAAAAAGCAGAAAAAGAUGAACAAAAGAAGCAGCCAGUAAUGAUAACAGCUAAAGCAGGAACUCUUAAAAGGAAGCAACAGAUGAGAGACUUCUUGGAUCAGCUGCCAAAAGACAACCAUGAUGAUAUUUUCACUACAUCACCCUUUCAGAAUAGAAGACUAGAGUUACCAGCUUUCUGGGAAAGCCAAGAUGAUGAUGUCUUUGAGCUCAUGGACAACAAUCCAGUCUCGCCUGCCUCAUCCAUCUUCCCCUGGGUGAAAACGCCUCAGUGCGAGCACAUCAGUCCUAGUAUGCUGGGAUCAAUCAACAGGAAGGAUUAUGAUAAGUAUGUGUUCAGGAUGCAGAAGAACAAGAAAGGCAACACGGCCACUUGGGGCAACAUCAAGAAGAAAUCGGCUGGAACUGUGUGCGCUACUCCAAACUCUCGCAGAACCAUCGCCGUGGACCAAGGGGCAGAGCAUGCUGGGCUGUUCAUAGCGGGUGCGUCAAAGCCUUCAGACGAGGAAGAGUGGGAAGACUCCUACUUCUCUACUUGACCAUCCACUGAUUGAACAGCUCAGUAUUGACUGUCACUCAGGGGCAAUCUGUUCUAAAGGCUUCCGCCAGCCCUUGGAACCGGGCCCUAAACCAGGAGGAGGCAACUGCUCUUGGUGGUGGGCCAGAAGACACCCCAGGUCAGAACUGACCCCGCCACACCGCUGUUUGUCUCCCCAGCAGCCUGGGGAGAGGGCCCGCCAGAGGCAUCCCCGUUGCUGAAGGCCAUGGAAGGUCCGCACCUGACACCGUGGGUUGCGGCCUCUCGACUAGGUUACCCUGUACGUGCUCAAAUGCUAGAGCCUGAUAAUCUGGCCUCUGGUCAAAUGCAUUCUGGUCUUAUUCCAUUUCUGUUCAGGAAGACUAAUGCUUGGACCUUCUGUAUAAAGGACACUGUUGUGCUCUCUUUGCGAGCAGGCUCCUCCCCCUCCCAUCUUUUCCUUGUGUUAAAAGGUAUGAAAAUACCGAUGACUUGGUUUCGAUUGUUUCCUUUUAAGCUGAAAUAAUGUUUUAAAAACGUUACUGUACAAUAAACCUCCAGCACUGCCAUCCUUGUAAUUAAAAUGGGAUUAUGUUUUAACUUGUGUAAUUUAGAACAGCCAUAUUUUAUUAAAUUUCCU